CGGCUGACGCUGCCUGGCGCUGGAACCAGGAAGGCGGUGAGCUUAAACUGAAGCAAGUUCGGAGGACGCCAGCGGCACCCCAAUUUGAAGAAACGUUUGCAGAAAUGGGACGCCGUUCAUCAGAUACCGAAGAAGAAAGCAGAAACAAGAGAAAAAAGAAACACCGUAGACGGUCAUCUUCAAGUAGUUCUUCAGAUAGUAGAACCUAUAGCCGAAGGAAAGGCGGAAGGAAAUCAAGGUCAAAGUCUAGAUCUUGGUCCAGAGAUCUUCUACCUCGCUCACAUUCUUAUGAAAGAAGACGCAGACAUCGAUCAAGUAGUAGCUCUUCUUAUGGUUCUAGAAGAAAACGAAGUCGAAGCCGUUCAAGGGGUCGAGGGAAAUCCUAUAGAGUUCAGAGAUCUAGGUCAAAAAGCAGAACAAGAAGGUCCAGAUCAAGGCCUCGUCCACGUUCCCAUAGUCGAAGCAGUGAAAGGUCCAGUCACAGAAGAACCCGUAGUCGAUCUCGGGAUAGAGAACGAUGUAAAGGCAGGGAUAAGGAGAAAAGAGGAAAGGAGAAGGAAAAAGGCAAGGACAAGGAAUUACACAACAUCAAACGUGGGGAAUCUGGAAACAUCAAAGCUGGAUUAGAACAUCUGCCACCAGCUGAACAAGCCAAAGCCAGACUACAGUUGGUUCUUGAAGCUGCUGCGAAAGCUGAUGAAGCAUUGAAAGCCAAGGAAAAAAAUGAAGAAGAAGCAAAGAGAAGAAAGGAGGAAGACCAAACCACCCUGGUAGAACAAGUAAAAAGAGUAAAAGAAAUUGAAGCCAUUGAAAGUGAUUCUUUUGUUCAGCAGACAUUCAGAUCAAGUAAAGAAGUCAAAAAGUCAGUGGAACCUAGUGAAGUGAAGCAUACAACUGCAACAUCAGGACCAGCAUCGGUGGUUGCUGAUCUACCCAGUAAUGAAAAAGAAAUAGACCCCAACAGCAUCCCUACUGCUAUCAAGUACCAAGAUGACAAUUCUCUGGCUCAUCCCAAUCUAUUUAUUGAGAAAGCUGAUGCUGAAGAAAAGUGGUUCAAGAGAUUAAUCGCUCUUCGACAAGAAAGGCUCAUGGGCAGCCCUGUGGCCUAAAUGAUACAUGUGGUUGAAUUAACAUAACGUUGAAAAUUUAGGUUUUUAAAUCCCAAUUUAACUUUUUACUCUUAAAAAGAAUUGGCCCAAUUAUAUAAAAAGGUAAUUUCACUUCAUUCUUGUUUCAUGUGGUCUUGAAUAUUUGUCUAUUUGAACUUAAAUAUUGUGAGUAUUAACACUAGUAUAAAAUUGAGAAAUGCAUGAAAUUAUCCUACUGUUAAUAAAGCUAAUCCUUAAAAUAUCAAUCUUAAAAUAAA